AUGAGAUUAGAUGGUAGUAAACCGAAAGAUAUGAACAAGUUAGCAAAUGCCAUUACUAUAAAAUCAGCAGAGGCGCUAGCUAAAUCUUGUUCUAAUUUAUUAGAUAAGUAUUAUAAAGUUAAUACACGACAAGACAAAAAUUAUCCACCUUUCAAAGAAGAUGAAGACGAUACACCUUUGGUGAAAAUUAAAAGUCUGAGUAAAGCUAUUGGUUGUGAAAUCUUGGGAAAAGCUGAGCUUCUUAGUCCAGGAGGUUCAACAGGAAUACCUAUUGCGAUGAUUUCAUGUGCAAAAGGAUAUAAUGCAUGGAUUAUUAUUCCAGAUGAUCAAGCUGAAGAAAAAUAUCAAUUAUUAGAAAAAUAG